UGUAUAUUACAAAUAUCAUCAAUAAACACAUCAAAAAUAUAUUGUACAUCGUAACAGAAUAUUUGUUUACAAUUUGAACGAAACGUGAUCAAUUUUAAAAUAUGGUUUACAUCACAUUUCCUACAAACCAUACGGAAGAGGAGCAGAUGCUUCAGGCAAAAUACCAAAAGCUGAAGAAAAAGAAAAAGGCGUUACAGGCUCAUAAAGCGCCAAAGCAAGAAACUGAGAAGCAAUUGAUUCCAAAACGAGCAGUUGAUGCACGCGAUGCCCGUGAAGUGGCACGUAAAUUGUUCAAAAGUGGUGCGAUUCCGGCCAUUCAAAAGCCACAGAUGAAACAAGAUCAGAUGUCAUUCAAGCGGCCAAAAGGACAGGAGAGAAAACGCGUUGUACCCGAAUCGAAUGUUGCAUCAUAUCAACCAUUUUCAGCGACACAAGGUUCAGAUAGUUUUCAGAGUGCCAAUACGGCUGCAACACUGGAUAGGGAUGCAAAUCGUGUACACAACUUAUAUCAACAAAUCGCAACCGAACGUGAUCGUGAAGAACGUGGUCUUACCGAAAAGAAAACCGCCGAACCAGCUCUUACAACUCGUACGGAUAAACAACGUACAGGCAACACAAUUUGUGUUUCGGGAAAUAAUGUAACCGAAGAAUUUUUACGCAAUCAAUUCGCAACGUUUGGCAAAAUUGUGAGCGUUUCAAUGGAAAUUGAAAAGGGACGAGGUUUUAUUACUUUUAUUAAAACUGAAUCAGCCGAAAAAGCUAUUAGUGAGAUGCAUUCGAAAACUAUUUCGGGAAUUUCAUUACAAGUACAAUUAGCACGCAGACAACCACAAAUUGAACCAAUCAAUCAUGCAUCAUCAUCAGUAGUCUGGUCGACGCUGGCUGCAAGUCAUUCACAAAAAGGUGGCAGCGCUAAAGACAAACGAAAAAUGGUCGAGUAUGACGAUGAUGAUAUAUUCAAUUAAAUUCAAACUACAAAAAAAAGUAUAUAGGCUAAGACAUUUUUUUCUUCGAAAUCAUCAAUAAACAAAUUAAAUUUAAAAAACGUGACAAUUUUACUUUUAUAAUAAAAAA